AGGGUAACAUAGAAAGCUGGGCGGCAUUUGAGCUUGUAACCAAACUGAACUACGACUGACAGCUCAAAUAUGCAAAGUAGUUAUCAUUUAUUUCAUGUUCUAUUUCUUAUAUUUUAGUUAGGCUAUUGUAUAUAUUAUUAUACCGUGUAUUUAGAAGGAGAUGUGUGCACGAGGUAACCCGUUUCCGUGUUGUUAAUAAUGCAUGGAUAUGGGUUUUUCGGUACUUUGAAGGUUCAUAUUUGACGUUUUAGCAAAGGUAGGCUUAGGAGUUUCUGUUCCCAAAGUAUUCGCUAGGAGUGCUGUCACCCGACUACUAAUGUUGCUUCCUGCUAGUUCGCUCGGUUGUUUUUAGCAUUGAGAUAAACACCAACCACAACGCUAGCUAGCUAUCUAGUUUACGACUACCCUCGGAUCAUCUAGCAACACUGGGUUCAUUAGAGUUGGGGCACAUCUCGUUUGAUUACGGGAAUGCCACGGAAAAAGAAAAACGGGCACAUCCCAGCAGAAGUGCCUGGACUGUCAAACGAUAGUUGCAGCAACACGGGCUACCGAACGCACGGUAGUAAUGACGACGGGGCCACGGGUAGGGGGAACUUCCAGUUACCGAACUCGAUGUAUCAAGACAAGGACAUCGUGAAAAACAUGCAAGACAUUUUUUCUCAUUUGGACCCUGAAGUUAUUCACAUCGUACUAGCAGAAUGUGAUUUUAAAGUUGAGAAUGCGAUGGAUUCUCUCCUGGAGCUCUCAGAAGCAGCCGAGGGUGUGGCCCCCUCCCCUCCCCCGGUCUCUGGGUUUGAGAGGGCUGCUGCUCUCCUGGCCCGUCACCCCCCCUUGGACCCUCCUCCUCAGGUCUCUUGCCUUACCGGGACAGAAGAUGACUUCCACCUGACGGAGGACUUUGACCUUCUCAUUGACCGCGAGUUAGAGACUCUGACCAGCCCUCCCCCCAGAGCCCCCUCUGCCUCUCAGCCUGCCUCCAGAGCCCCCUCUUCCUCUCAGCAUGCCCCCAGAGCCCCCUCUGCCUCUCAGCCUGCCUCCAGAUCCCCCUCUGCCUCUCAGCCUCCCCCCAGAGCCCCCUCUGCCUCUCAGCCUGCCUCCAGAGCCCCCUCUUCCUCUCAGCCUGCCCCCAGAGCCCCCUCUGCCUCUCAGCCUGCCUCCAGAUCCCCCUCUGCCUCUCAGCCUGCCUCCAGAUCCCCCUCUGCCUCUCAGCCUCCCCCCAGAGCCCCCUCUGCCUCUCAGCCUGCCUCCAGAUCCCCCUCUGCCUCUCAGCCUGCCUCCAGAGCCCCCUCUGCCUCUCAGCCUGCCUCCAGAGCCCCCUCUGCCUCUCAGCCUGCCUCCAGAGCCCCCUCUGCCUCUCAUCCUCCCCCCAGAGCCCCCUCUGCCUCUCAGCCUGCCUCCAGAGCCCCCUCUUCCUCUCAUCCUGCCUCCAGAGCCCCCCCUCCCCCCAGAGCCCCCUCUUCCUCUCAGCCUGCCUCCAGAGCCCCCUCUGCCUCUCAGCCUCCCCCCAGAGCCCCCUCUUCCUCUCAGCCUCCCCCCAGAUCCCCCCAGCUGGUCCUGCCUGAGCUCCUUCAGAUCAGCGUGGAGACAGGGACCAGAGGCGCCGGCCAGCCCGCUCCAGAGAGAGAGAUCGGUGUGGGGCAGGCCUCCAGGAGCUACUCCCCUGUCACCCAGUUGAGCUUCUCCAGGGAGACUGUUUACCAGGAGCACAGCUCAUUGCUGGACUUUAGCCACCUGACCUCCUCUGAACCAGCUGGAGACAAACACAACAGUUCUUUGGACCUAGGAGCGGCCGGCCGGCCCUCAGCUUUCCAGGCCUACAGGAAACAGGACCGGUCCAUCUCCCCUUCUCAGGACAGGGCCAUACCAUCUGGGGGGAUGGUGGGCGGCGCCAGGGCUAAGGGCAGCGCUAGCAGAGGAACUGUUGGUGAGGAGCCUUCAAUGUUCUGGAAUGCUGAGGCCCCAGAGUUCUGCCCUCGUCCCUAUGGUAACCAGGGCUCCACCUUCAUCAUCCCGGUGACUGCAAACCCCUCCCCCUGGAACACUCACACCCUGUCUGCCUCGCACUGGUUGGCUCAUGGGACUGUCAGUCAAGCGCCUCUCAAACCAACUGCCACCAUUCCUAAGUCCUGGGCCCUGGCCGCCCCCCCGGAGCCACCCCUCCCACAUGGUACGGCCCGGUUGGAAGGCCAGGUGCUGGUUCUGCUGCGAGGCGCGCCAGGGUCGGGCAAGUCAACGCUAGCCAGGGCCAUGCUGGAGCAGAACCCAGCUGGAGUUGUCUUGAGCACAGACGAUUACUUCAGUCGUCAUGGAGACUAUAAGUUCGACCCCUCUGCUUUGGGCGACGCCCAUGAGUGGAACCAGAAGAGAGCCAAGGAAGCGUUUGAGAGUGGCAUGUUCCCCAUCAUAAUUGACAACACCAACAUGCAGGGGUGGGAAAUGAAACCUUACGUAGCUCAGGCUGUGAGGCACAGGUAUAAGGUGUUGUUCCGUGAGCCCGACACCUGGUGGAAGCACAAGGCCAGAGAGCUGGAGAGACGGACCAAGCACGGUGUUCCAGUGGACAGGAUCAGGAGGAUGCUGGAGGGCUACGAGCAAAUGGUCUCCAUCCAAUCCAUCAUGGGCCCCCAGGCCCCCCUGGGCCCCCAGGCCCCCCUGGGCCCCCAGGCCCCCAUGCGCCCCCAGGCCCCCCUGGGCCCCCAGGCCCCCCUGCCCCCCCAGCAGAACAUCCCCCACACUAUGCCUGUGUCUUCUGAAAUGGCUCAACCUGACCUAGUAGGUGAACCGCGAUUGGCUGAGAGCUCCAGCCAAAGGGCCCGCCCCUUCUCCUCUCUUCCUGAUGUGUCGUCUGUCGGCAGGAAGUCCAGGUUGCCGGGAGACAGCGACCAGGGCUCCAGGGAAACCCUCCUUCCCAGGAACAGGAAGUCAGACAGGAAGGAAGAUCCCCAACUCCUGGCAGAGGAGAACCUGGGGGAUCUGGAUGCAGAACUAGACGCCCUGUUGGACCAGGAAGCUGAGCAAGAAGUGGACCAGGAAGCAGAACAGGAAGUGGCCCAGGAAGCUGACCACAAAGCAGAGCAGGAAAUACCGGACUGUGUUGUGGAACUGGUGCUGAACGUGGAUCACCAUGGCAACGAGAGACCCAUGGCAUUCUCCGAAUCGAUUAGUCAGAGGGAGAGGAGAGGUAGGCGUCAUUGUAACAGGAAGACCGCUUCCUAUAGGCCAGAGCCUGCUGAUCUGGUGAAGGGCACUAGCCAAUUGGAAAAUGGACAGGUGGAGGGGGGAGAGAAAGGGAGGGAGGGGGGAGAGAGGGCGAGGCCGGAGCUGUUGGACUUUGUGGGGGACUGGCCGGUGGGGGGACUGGGGCAGAAGGGAAGGAGGCGUGGUCAGAGGGGGCAAGGACGCGACGAAGAGGAGGGUGGUCACCGUGGCAACAGGUUCGAAGGGCGAGCUGGUCCUGAUGUGACAGAGUUCCGGAAACUUCUAGACCUGAUCCAGACAGGUGACUCCUGCCCCUUGCCCACAACCUCCUCCCCCAACGACUCCUACCUCAUGUCCAACUCCUUUGACCAAUCAGAGGAGGGGGAGGAGACGGCAGAGGAUUCUCACAAUCUUGCGUCGAGCAAAGGGGGAGACCAAGUACCUGGCAUGGGGGGGGAUGGGAGAGACCAAGUCCCUGGAAUGGGGGGGGAUGGCCGGCCUGAGCUACCAGACUGUGUUUCUGCCUGGAAAGCAUCUGGCUCCUCCCAGCAGUGCACAACCCCAGACAGCUCAGUGGUUGAGUCUGAAAGUGAGGAAGGAGAGGGGUUAGUCCUCACACCAGGCGUUACUGAGACAGGGUCUAACUUAGAGGAAAACCAAACACAAAAUGAUUCUCUCUCCUGUGAUAAUACUGCUUCAGAAAUUGUGGAAGUACAAGAUUGUCAUGAUGGUGAGGGCAGCCAUGUUGGUGAGGGCAGCCAUGUUGGUGAGGGCAGCCAUGUUGGUGAGGGCGGUGUAGAGUCUGACGCUGACAAACAAAACCCCAAUGCAGUUGAUGGCGGUAGCCAUGUUGGCAAGGUCAGCCCUGUCCUAGGUGAGGGCAGUGUGGGAGGGGACGGCAACCAUGUCAAUGGAGGCAGCCAGGAGCGCAGGCAGCGGCAGGGUCGCAGGUCAGGGAAAGCCUGCAAGCUAGCCCUCACAUUCACACAGAACUGCCCCUCUCCCCCAAACCCCAACCCCCUGGAGAACAGCCCUCAAGCAGCACCACAGCAUCACCACCCUUACCCUAGCUUCAACUGUGACCCUGACCUUCCACCCGAUCUCCACCCUCGCUCCCUCACCCCUGCUCUUGUGUCCUCGGCCAUUGGACACCACACGCAAACCGACCCUCAAGACUUUGCCCUCCUCUGGCGCCUUGAUCACCAAGACAACCACAAUCACCAAGACGACCACGGCUCCUACACCGGUGUACCUCGGGCCGACCUUCCUCCCGGCAUCACCGUUGUCCGCAGCAACCCUUCCCGCUUCUUGCCUGGGCUCUCAGAUGCUGCAGUUCAGCCCUCCAGCUCCCAGGGGGUGCCGUACCGCGCGGUGCAUGAAAAGGGCUCCCAGGUGGAGGAGGCGGAGCUGGGGACCACCAGCCGGGAGCAGAGCCUGGAGAUACUCAGACAGCACUUCGGACUGGUCAGCCUGGAGGAACUGGAGCACCUGUACGACACCUGCCAGCAGAACCUGGACUGGACCAGCAACCUGCUGCUGGACUCUGGAGAGAGGCUGUACAGGGAAGUAGAGGAGGAGGUGAUGGAGGGCUCGAUGGCAUCAGUGCUGCGUGGUGGGUCAGGGCUGGAGGCAGGAUGGGACGCUCAGAUGGUUGGGAGUGAUAGGUUGGAGGGAGAGGGAGGUAGGAGUGAGUUUAGAAACUCUGAACCAACCCAGGGAGGAAGAAAGCCCCUAGAACAGGAAAUGACAUCAGAGGUUUCCAGCAGCCUGUCAGAAGGUGGAGGGGGAGGUUGGGUAGAGGGGCGAGCGAGGGGGGAGGAGCAGGGAGAGUCAUCAGGAGACGAGGCGACCCUUUCACUCCUGGCUCAGCUUGAGGAGAUGGACAGACGGGCGGACGAGGAGAGGAGGGAGAGAGAAGAGAGGAGGAGCAGACUGGUGAACAUCCAGAGUGUGGAGCUGAAGCUGCCCACAGAGCUGGCUCUGCAGCUCACAGAGCUAUUUGGGCCCGUAGGGGUCGACCCAGGAGCGUGCUCAACGGAAGACUACUCCAUCCAGAUGGAUCUCGGCACGGCUCGGCUGCUCCACCAGACCUGGAAGGACACCCUCCAGGAGAAGCAGAGACAAGCAGCACUCUCCUACCAUGUGCUGCAGGAGAGUUCAGUCCAUUGGGGCGAAUCACAGACGAGCAAAACCAGACCGAAGGAGGGGGUGCAGCCAGCGCACUUUCUGAUUGGUGCAGACUGCUUCUCAUCCCUGGGUGGCCAAUCAGAGGCCCCGGAUGAGGCGGUUCUGAUGGACCACUGGAGUGUGUCCCGCCCACACGUGUCCCUGAGAGCCAUCAUGACCGAGGAGCUGGCCCUGCAGCAGAGACUGGGCAGGGCUGAGGCGCCCAGGCAUGAUGGAGCUUCUCUGCUCAGAGAGAAGCAGCUGUUCCAGCUUUUCCCCUCGCUGGACACUCUCUUCCUCAAGGACAUCUUCAGGGAUCACAACUACAGCCUGGAGCAGACAGAACGGUUCCUGCGCUCUGUGUUGGACGAGGGUCCGGUGAGGACGGUGGUGGCUCCUCCCCCUUCCAGGACCCCCAGCAGGGAGAGGGAAAAGAUGCGCAAGCUUCCAGACAGCCCCUCUUCCCAGCAUGCCGAGCAGCAGCUGUCCCAGCAUGCCGAGCGGCAGUACCAGGAUGUGAAGGACCCAGAGUACGAGGACUUCAGGGCCGAGGCUCGUCUGCACCAGAGCCGGCAGCAGCAGAGCUUCUCUAAGGCAGCUGAGGCUUACAGGCAGGGGAGCGGGGAGGUGGCCUCCUUCUACGCCCAGCAGGGGCGUCUCCAUGGCCAGAGGAUGCGAGAGGCCCACCGGCGUGCUGCCUCCAGGAUCUUCCAGCAGGUCAACGCCCCCCUGCUGCCACAGAACACCCUGGACCUGCAUGGCCUGCAUGUCCCUGAGGCCCUGGAUACACUGGAUCAUGUCCUGCAGCUGAAGACCUCAGAGUGGCAGCAGGGUGUGUGUGGUCCUCAGCUGUCUGUCAUCACAGGAAGAGGAAACCACAGCCAGGGGGGCGUGGCUCGCAUCCGGCCCGCCGUCUUAGACUACCUCAGCAACCAUGGUUACAGGUACACAGAGUCUAAACCUGGCCUGGUGUUGGUGUCGCUGAAGACCUGAGAGCAUCACGCAAACAAACACAAACGCACUCUCACACACACACAAACACACUCUCACACACAGUCAAAAACACUCACAUUCUCUCUCUCACACACACAUACACAGCUCUGCACGUUUUUCAACACCUCCACACUGGUCUACUCUAUCAUACCCUCAGAACCAACCUCCUCUUCAUCCUCUGUCUCUCCUUUUCUCUCUCCUUCUCUAUCCCCUUCUCUCUCUUUCUCCCCCCCUCCUCUCUCUCCCCUUCUAUCUCACUCUCCCUCUUUCAGUUAUUUUGAUAGCUGACAAAGAAAUAACACGAUAUUACACAAUUUUUUACAAUUAUUCUGGGUGCAAAGCAAGGUAAUCUCUUAAUGUUAUUCCUUUAUAGUAUAAUAUAUUAGAAAAAUGUUUUAUGAAUAUAUUUUAAUGAUAUCUUGCUAUACUUUUAUACAUAAUUUUAACAGAUCAAUUUUAGUUUUAAGAUGUUAACUGACAUAGCUCAGGGAUGACCGGCUGCACAGACUCAGUCCAGACUAUGGGCACUGACGAUUUACUAUUCCUACUAUUAUUAUUAUUAUUAAUAAUAUAUGUCUGAAUCUGUGCCUGUCAAUCAGUCAGAAUCUUCAUCUGUUCUGAGAGGCAGGUUGGUAAUUAUUUUAAGUGAAGGCGUUUUAUAGGUUGUAGAUCAUGUUUGAUUAAGACAAUAAUUUAGAGCUGGGAUUCCCUUGGUGUUAUUUAUAGUUGUCCUGCGUGGAAUACAGGGUUAGGGUCCUUAGGGUGAGGGUCCUUAGGGUUAGGGUCCUUAGGGUGAGGGUCCAGGGAUCCUGAAGACCAGGAGGCUGAAGCCUCCAGAGUGAUUAUGGAUAUUUUAACAGCCUGUACAGAAUGCACCACCUCGGUACAGAAGCACACACUAAUCACCAUGCAAGAGGUUGGACUUCUUAUGUUCUGCUCUUGAAUUCAGGGUUUUACUCAGGUACACCUGCUAGUUAGCAGCAGACAGGUGGCAGACAGACAGGUGGUAGCUGCAGACAGACAGGUGGCAGACAGACAGGUGGUAACUGCAGACAGACAGGUGGCAGACAGACAUGCUGCGUUCUAAAUUUAAACACUUUAAAAGCUGUCAUGUGCUUUGUCUAUGAGGCCAGUCAUUUAAUACGUUUUUUGGGGUACAAGUUUACAUUUUUUACAAGUGCCAUUAGUGCUGUAUCUAGCCAUAGCCAAAACCUUUUAUCAGAUUUACAUAUAUAUAUAUAUACAACAGUGUUGUGUGUUUAUUUUAUAAAAGGGAAGUAUGGGAUAAACGCUAUGCUUGCGUUUACUCUGUGUGCUGCUUCAAAAACUAUAUUUUUUGUAAGAUUUCAAGCCCGGUUGAACAAAGUUGUUGUCUUUCUUAGCAUAUGCCAAACAAACUACAUUCUACAAACUUGUACAAUAAAUGUCUAUUUUUGUAUUCAGGAUUGUUGAUUUUUAAAGAUUUAAUUGCAAUUGAAUAAAGAGUUUUGUAUGCUCUAACAGCA